AUAAUACCCACUACCCAUAAAGCUUGCAUUGUGCUUUAUUUUCUCUGCAUUUCUCUCCUUCAAUUUCAUCUACUACAACCAUCUCAAACGACAUUCUAAAGCACAAUUCCCCUCUUCAAAAUCUCCUCUAUAACAAAGCAAAACAAGAACUAAUUUCAAGAAAAUGGAGGCAAUGAAGAUGAACCUCUUUGUCGUUUUGAUGGUUGUGUUGAUGGCUUCCUCCAACAUGCAAAUGGCCACAGCAGUUGGAGCACCAUCUCUAGCACCAGCACCAAGCCCUGCAUCUGAUGCUAAUGUCUUUGUUCCCACAUUCUUUGCCUCUUUGGUUGCUCUUGCUUGUGGGUUCUUCUUUUGAACCAUUUUACAUAUUAUUUAUGUUAUGUACAAUAUUUUCCUUAUUUCUCUCUCUACCCAUUUCUCUUUCUCUCUUUAGAAACACACUUCUAUAUCUAGUUUUCUUCUCUGUUUUUAUUCUUUUUAAUCCAUCUUUCAUGGAGUGGGAGAGAGAGAGAGAGAUAGAAAAGAAAUGGGUAGGGAUUUGUUUGAUGUGGUUAUUAUUUAGUUUUAAUUUCUAAUGAUGAUUAUGUUGUGUGAUUAAUGUAUUAAAUUUGGUGGCAUUUGUAUUAUAUCUAUAUAAUUUUUCUUGUUCUUGUUCAGGGGAAUUAGAGAAUUAGGGUUAUAAUAAUAAAUCUUUAGUUUGAUUUGAUUCGGUUUGGUUUAACCGGUGGUGGAGAAUUUUGAUCCAUUGUAUUUUUUUUAAUUUGGCUUGAGAUAUAUAUAUAAUCUCACUUGUAUUUGUGAUUUAUUUUAGCAAUAAAUCUUGUUCUUAUUGUAUUA